AUCAAAAUCGAACAGUGUUUUGAAAGAAGCUCCAAACAGCGCUCAACUUUCAAGGUUUCUACUUCAUAGAAAGCUGCUGUAAAGAACCCUCUGUUCAAACCCCUAAAUGAAAGAAGGUGCAUCCUCCAGGAGAUGAGAAGCGCGCCUUUUGGCAAGGUUUUAUCCAUCCGGAUUGCUCACUUAGUUGUUUCUGGGUGCGUCUGCGGGGCACACCAUGUUCAAGCCCAUUGGUGGCAAUGUGCCACCAAAGCGCAUACCUAAGAAUCCCAAGUACGAGAAUGUCAAGGCAACAGUUGACAGUGGGCCAAACAUGCUCGGGGCUGCGGAGCAACUGAACGAGACAAAAAUAAACAUCCUCUUCAAAAAGGAGGAAUUCUUCAAGCGGAUGAAGCCAGCAACCCUGGCGCGGCUCUUGACGCAGGAACGGCCAGAGUUGGACGUAAUCGUGCUGGACGUCCGACCAGAGGAGGCCUUCCAGAUUGGACGAAUUAGAAACGCUAUUUCCUACCCGUCGCCCCUAUUUACGAGGGCGGUUAACCCAUUCUCGUCGCAAUUGUUAGCUUAUAUGAACAAGGAGGGGAAGGCGGUGGUAUUGUAUGACGAAGACGAGCGGAUAGCUGCGGCCGCUGCUAAUUUAUUGUACGAGAAGAAUACGGACAACGUGUUCAUCGUUUCGGGGGGGCUCCGGCGGGUAGCUGCGGACGCCCCAGAGUUGAUCGACGGCGUCGCGCCCCCGCCGCCGUCCCCGGUCGGCAGCCGGCGGGCCAGCGGCAGCACCCGCCCUUCGACGGGGGCAAGCGUCCGGAGCUCGGUACAGGGCUCGAGCGCGGGGACGAGUCGAAGGAGUUCCGCCGAUGCUGACCUGGGGUCGAAGCAGUGGAGGUAACAUCAAGCAGGACGUUAACGUUUUGGUAUCAGGAAUUAGGCCGCUAGGUAUAGGAGAUACUCUAUUCAAGCUGCAAGGAAUUCCUGGAGAUUGCCCUCUUCGUGUACUGUAGAAUUAGUGAGCGGCUGCUCAGCUUUAUGUCUCAGGAAGAAGCAGCACAGUUAAGGCUCACCGGACUUCGCCAUGUUUCGUCGAAGGAGCACUUGUGGAAGUGCGUGGAUGAAUAGCUAGAGGUACAGAUCAAGUUGAGUUUCUGGUAAUAGAGGAUCUUGGGUAUACCAAGGCUGGUGUUUGGAGCAUGAUACGUCUCCAUUCAUAGUACGUGCGUAAUCAGGUGAAUACUGUGACUUGCGAUUAUAGCUAGGUCUGAUUGCUCUUCAGUAAGUCACUGAGUGCUCGCGUAUAGCAGACAGACAUCGGCCAUUACGCCAUACCUACAUGUCGCGUGUAUGCAUGUGAAUUUCAGUUCGACCGGCC